UUCGGUGGCUGUCACUCACGCGCGCUCUGAGCUACAGCUCGCGCGAGGUGAACCGGCGACGUAACCGCGUAACGAAAAGCUGCAGUGACUGAACAACUCCCGAUUAUUUUGGGGUUUGCUGUGUUUUUAAUUAAUUCCGACAUGUUUCCGGUUUUGUUUACUUUCUGCGUGCUAAAUAGAAGUGAUAAGGAUUUCGAAAUGAGUCGUCCGAGGGAAACAUGGUUGCAUUUUCGCCAUGGCAACCGUCGGUAAAGCGUCACGUUCGCCGUAGAGCCGGGUUUUUCCUCCUCCCCCGCUCUGUGAUCUGUCAGGCGGCGGUUUGUUGUUGAUUUUAACGUCAGCGCGCCGUUUAACAAACAGAUUGAUAAGGAAGUGCGGGGUGAGUACCGACUAAACCCCUCUCAGCUGUCCGGCUCGGAAAUGGAGGCGGUUAUGGAGAGAGAGUGCAGCGCGCUCGGAGGACUUUUCCAAACAGUCAUCACCGACAUGAAGGGCAGCUACCCGGUGUGGGAGGAUUUUAUCAGCAAGGCUGGGAAGUUGCAGGCGCACCUCAGGGCUACGGUUGUGGCAGUCGCUGCUUUCCUCGAUGCCUUUCAGAAGGUCGCAGACUUGGCCACAGGCAGCAGAGGUGCGACCCGGGACAUCGGUUCAGCUCUGACCAGGAUGUGUAUGAGACACCGCAGCAUAGAGGCCAAACUCAGACAGUUUUCAAUGGUGUUUGUGGACUCAUUGACUAACCCACUGCAAGAGCAGAUGGAGGAGUGGAAGAGAGUCGCCAACACUAUGGAUAAGGAUCAUGCCAAAGAAUACAAACGAGCACGGCAAGAGAUCAAGAAGAAAUCAUCAGACACGCUUAAACUGCAAAAGAAAGCAAAGAAAGGGCGUGGUGAUCUCCAGCCGCAGGUGGACAGCGCUCUGCAGGGGGUGAGUGAUAAGUACGCAUCGCUGCAGGAGACGGAAAGACAGGCAGUGAGGAAAGCCCUGAUCGAAGAAAGAGCACGAUUCUGCACGUUCGUCUCCAUGCUCAGACCCGCCAUAGAAGAGGAAGUGUGUAUGUUGAGUGAGAUCACGCACCUGCAGUCAAUCUCUGAUGAUCUGAGGUCUUUGACUAUGGACCCUCACAAGCUGCCUCCAUCCAGCGAACAGGUGAUUGCUGAUCUGAAAGGCUCCGAGUGCAGCUGGUCGUAUCAGACUCCGCCCUCCUCUCCCAGCACCACCUCCAGGAAGUCCAGCAUGUGCAGCAGCCUGAACAGUGUGAACAGCAGCGAUUCUCGUUCAAGCAGCUCUCAUUCUCACUCUCCCACAUCACAUUUCCGUUACCGAGGCUCCGCCCUCCCUCAGCAAGGCUCCGUCCGCCUACCCAGUGUCUCCUCCCACGACUCGGGCUUCACCUCUCAGGACACCUGUCAGUCAAAGAGCCCCUCCCCUAUGCCUCCAGAAGGGAGCGUACAGUGCUCUGACUCGUCCUGCCCUGAUGAGUCAGCUCAGCCAAUCACAGACAGCUGCACUCCCACAUUACCUGACUCCAACACCAACACUGAAGACAAGUUGGUAAACGGCAGCACGUCCCAGUUUAAUUCAGCGGACCCUUCCCUCUUCAUCGUUCCAUUAUCACCACCUCCUGGCCCUGCGUGGGCGUGGUCUCAACCCGGCCCCGCCCCAGGGCUGGAUUCCGAGCCGUGUUUUCCUCUGGGUCCCGGCACCUUCCCCUCCUCACACAGCGUACCCAGCUGGAAGGACUGGGCCCGGCCGGGUCCGUAUGACCAGCCGAUGGUGAACACACUGCGCAGGGUGAAGGAGAGGGUGAGGGAGAACAGUGAGUGCAGCAGCUCCAGAGAUGAAGCUCAUAAAGCCAGCCCCAACUCCAGCACUCACAGUAAACCCAGGGACGAAGCUCAUGAGGAGUUGGCCGUGUGUCUGUCUCGUGGUCUGUCGUUGGAUAUACCACGCAGCAGCCGGGAGUCUGUUCAGGGUUCCAGCGGUUACAGCACACAGACCAACACACCAUGCUGCAGCGAGGACACCUACAUAUUUGAUUACGAAUGCUUGCCAGGGGGCGGAGAGCAAGACGGAGAGUCGCAGGAUUGCGACGGGCCCGCCCCGGUUCUGCAGAACACGGACGUGAGCCAGUCGUAUCGCAGAACUUUGCCAGCCAAGCGCCCGUCUCCCUGUGGGCCGGUUAGCAUCACACCGGGCGUGGCCACGAUACGGCGCGCGCCCACCUCGAAGCCGAGCCUGUGGCGCGGGCCGAGCGUUCACGGCCCGAUCCCCAUCAAAACCCCCGUCAUUCCCGUUAAGACACCCACCGUGCCCGCACCGCUCUGCAGCGGGGACGCCGAAAACGCCAGCGUCCCCUCGCCAUCACCCACACCGCUAACACCUAACUCCGUCAGCCAAUCAGACGCUCCGGCGGAUCAGGACGAGGCGGGGCCUGACGAGCACGAGGGCAGCAUGCUGUCGUCUAUCCGGCGAGGGGUGAGCCUCAAAAAAGCCACGACCAACGAUAGAUCCGCUCCGGUUCUCGAUUAAAGAGCUCCGCCUCCUCGACCAAUCAGAACUCGGACGUAGCUGAAACAGUGGUGAUUUUUAGCGACAGUGCUAAUGUUGUCACGUGUAGGAUGGGUAAAGUAGUGCGUACGUCUCCCAGUGAUUCAAUAUAUCCAUAACCAUUUAAAGCUGAGAUGUUAAUAUUCUAUCAUAUUACACAACGAUGAUAUGUAGUGGCUUUGUACAUACAGAUACAGAAUUAUUCUGUUCCACUGUCGAUUAUAUUCUAGAUCUUUCUCUGCUACCAGCCCAUCCUCCUAUAGGUGCCAAAACUUUGUGCCUCGUAUUGUAUUUUUCCUUUUAUCUUACUCGAAUCAGGAAUGGCAGAACCGCAAUCAGAGCUGCGCUGGACUUUGACACGUGGAGAGUUUUGUACAUUACGUCGGGUUUGAAGGCCUCGGACGCCGCAGCAGUUCCUGAAGACGUCUCUUUCUUUCUUCUUUUUUUUUUUUUUUUGGUGGGGGAAACAGACAGAAACGCUUCUCUCAGACAGAACCCGGAGCACCGGCUGACGCAUGGGAUCUUCUGUGGAAAAUUCAACUCUGGAGCAUGUUUUCACGUCGUAGCCGUGCUUCGGUGCCUGGCAGCAGCACGUCGUCCUCCCUGAAGUCGACAGUCAGAGACAUGCGUUUAACAGACCCCCCCCCGGACGUUCCUGCGCACGCAGCGGCACCGGGGGCAAAUCCAGAACGUGCUCACUGACCUUCCUACAGUCUCUAUCGCUUUCAAAUCCAAACCAACUCUCGCACGUCUAGCAAACAGCUGCCUGAUACCGUUUAACGCCGGAAUGACAUCAUCACCGAAAUCCCAGGCCUGAGAAACCGGACGAAGAUUUCUCUCACACACACACACACACACACACACACACACACACACACACACUCAGUAACGUAACACUCGGACAGAUUUCAAAUCCUUCUAACCAGCAUCUCUCAGUGUUUUAUUCCUCUUACACCACAGGGUUUGGGGUUUUUUAUUUAUUUAUUAAUUAACUAACUGUACUUUUUUAAUGUUGUAGAACGUCACAAAACAAAUUAAUUCCUGUCGUCACUUACGUUCUAGCAGCUAUAAACAUUCAUUCUCUCACCAGCCUCUCUUUCAUUUCUUUUCUCUCUCUCUCGCUCUCUCUUUUGGAGUUUAUUAGACGGAAAACGCAGCUCGUCACGUUAGCGAGAAACCACAAAGUCCUGAAACGCGUAACGUUGCGGCUCUGACACCGGAGACCCCUUCCAUAAAUGUUAAACAAGUAACGACCAUCAGCUUUUUAACCCGUCUACGCGGAACGUCCACCGUGCGAGUCCCCUGCGUACGCUGUCACUAUCGAAACCAGGACGUAUUAGAAGGAGAGCGUUGAUGUGAACCUGGAACUGCUGUCAGAGUUAUAGGAAAUGAAUCGACACCUUCGGACCAAUCAGAUUUGAGAAUGCUAUAGCGUGGUGCUGGGAUAAAGAUAGGGGGGUGGGGGUGGGGUCUCGAGUCAGUCUCGUGGAAAUCUCGAACCAGGACCACAUCCGGUCCCUAAGUGAUGUCACACGGACACGAUGCGGUUUAGGAGACAGUAACAAAAACGUUAGAACAAAAUCUAGAUGUAACUGGAAAAGGCAGAUCUGGACUGCUCUACUUAAGCACUUGAACACGCACUAUAAAGCCAAAAGUUUGUGGACACCUGACCGUCACGUUGAUGUGCUUGUUGAACAUCUCAUUCCAGAUGUACUCCAUCUUUCCUGUUCUAAUGAGCCGCACUCUUCUGGGAAGGCUUUCCUCUAGAUUUGUGGGGAUUUCAUUCAGCUAGUGAGGAUGAGGUCGGGCUCUGAUGUCGAGGAGGCUCCGGUUCCAGUUGGGUCGAGAUCAGGGCUCGGUGCAGAACCCUCGAGUUCUCCCAUCCUUAACACACCACAUCUUCACGGAGCUCGCUGUGUGCACAGGGACGUGCGUCGUCAUGCUGGAAGUGAAGGGAAACUCUAACUCUACAGUGCACCAAGAUAUUCUCAGCCGCUUGAGGAAGGUGGUCAGGUGUCCACAUAGUUUUGGCCGUCCAGCGCGUGUUUGUGUUAACGCUCUCAAACUUUAAUACAGAAGACCGCUGGAAGUAACUCGUCCUCGAGUGAAAUUCACCGGUAUGUGUAACGGCGCGCUCGGGUUCUGCGUUCAGAAUCCCGUUGACGUUAGGAAAACCACAAGGAAACCUGGUUGGAAAGUGGAACGCUAAAGAAGCACGAGACGACGUCAAACACCAGACGCGUAACAUCUCCGAACCCGCAGUGCGACCGACUCUCGUGAGCAUCCAUCUUAUUAGCUGUAUCGAGCUAGAAAAUACUAAACUCGGUGAAAAGACAACGCUAAUCCCCAAACCUGUAAUCACGAGUGAAUCAUAGCGUGUGUGUGUGUCGGAUUCAUCACGACGGCUGCUACACAGUAACACGAGGUCUGUUCAGUGACCCACGUCUCCUCUCUCUCGAUCUCCGUGUGCGCGCUGGUCAAUAUCAGGGUGCGGUCUCUGCACUCCAUUUUGUAGAUCUGGUGUGAAAUUGCACAUCUGGAAGCGAAGGAAAGACACAGUGAACAAACCAUAGUGUGUCACGUGCCACGAGCUCCAAACUCCAAUCAUCAGAAGAUCUUUGGGUGUAGAAGUAGCAGCGAAGAGUGGGUUUUUUUUUUUGUUUGUUUGUUUUGUUUUUAAUAAGAUGUUCUUGCCGUGGUCCGGUCUUGAUGUAUUGACUCCUCAGUUCUUUACAUGUAUUGUAUCUUUAAUAGCAUUGCAAGUACAAGUCAAAGACAAGUAUUUUGGCUGAAAAACAAAACAAAAAAAAAAACAAAAAAACAAUUCAAGCUAAAUGUAUUUAAUCAGACAAGACAUUUCUGCUUUAGUUUCCCACCGAGUUAACGACGGCAUCGGUCCAGUCACCGGUUUAGCCUCGUGCGAACCGUAUCCGGUUUCCGUUUGUAUGGUAGCAGUAUUACUAAUUCACAGAGUAAGUCUGUAUUAAAGUGAUACAAUGCUCAUACUUUAGGCCACGCCCCUUUCCCAAGCCAGCUCGUUGCAGCAAGUCCGCACGACCCUGAACUGGAGGCUGUAAUCUUCCUUCGCUUUUUCUCUUUCUUUCCUUCUUUUGUUAAGCAAACGUUAGACCCCGAACACGUCUUGUCUGAUCAAGUACGUGUGGAAAAAUUGUGUACGUUUCAUUCCCGGUUGAAAUAUUUCUCUGAAUGUAAAAGUAUAAACCUCGAAUCCCCGGGUCCGAGUCGUCGUUUCCUCUCUGCCACGUGUGUAAUAAACGCUCAGUGUGCUCUCUGCUGUAUAAUUUUAGGCCUGAGUGAUGCUCAGGCACAAAGGGGUCUAGAAUGUUCUACUUUAGCUGAUGCCUUACGCAUAUGAUGCUGAUGCUGUGUGUGUGUGUGUGUGUGUGUGUGUGUGUGUAAAUGACCAUACAGAGAUAUUGUAAUGUAGCUGCUCGGUCAGUAUACCGUGACAUAAGUGGCUCACGUUUAUGAAUGUAAGGAUUAGCGUGCGAGGACGGGAUUUAGAACUGCAGUUUUGCUUCAGGAGGUUGUUUCACGUGUCCAACUGCUGUUUUAGCUAAUAAACUAUUAACGCUCACGUGUCAAA